CCGUGCGGUGCUGCCGGCUGGGAGAGCAGCCUGAGGCAGAAGCCUCCAGCUCGCAUGAUAUUCCAGGCAGGACUGAAUCUCCAUGAGACAAAACUUAAAGAAGAGAAUGACCUGGAGUCUCUGGCUCCCAUUCAGUGCUCUAAGAGGAGGAUGGCCAUGUCUUUCCAGGCGCCCCUGAUCGACCUCACUGAGGAGGAUUCCAAGGAGUCCUCCCAGAGCAGCAGUACCACGUCUGCCAGCAGCACCCAGGAGGACCAGAACAGAUCCCCCGAGCUCGUCGCUGGGGAGCAGGAGAGCAGCGUUGCAGGGGAAGUGGUGGAAUACCAGGAUGGGAAAGAUUUUGGAAUUGGGGAGCUCGUGUGGGGGAAGAUCAAGGGCUUCUGCUGGUGGCCUGCAAUCAUCAUCUCCUACAGAGUCACAUUCAAACGUCAGGCAAUCUCUGGAAUGCGCUGGGUGCAAUGGCUUGGGGACAGGAAGUUCUCCGAGGUUUCAGCAGACAAGCUGGUGGGUCUGAUGGCUUUUAGGCAGUAUUUCAACUACUCCACGUUUAAUAAGCUGGUCUUCUAUCGACGAGCCAUACACUAUGCCCUGGAGGUUGCUAAGAGCCAGGCAGGGAAGAUGUUCCCAGAACCCCCAGCCAAGCGGCUAAAGCCUAACUUCUGCAACAACAGCAAGGAGCGGGUGGAGGAGGACCAGAGCAGCGAGCAAAUGGUUUCCAAAGUCACAAACAACAACAGGAGCCUUGAAGACAGUUGUUUAUUGUGCGGGAGAAAAAACCCAGCCACAUUCCACCGGCUGUUUGAGGGGGGGCUUUGCCAGACUUGCAGGGAUCAAUUCCUGGAGCUCUUCUACAUGUAUGACGAGGACGGGUACCAGUCCUACUGCACCGUCUGCUGCGAAGGCAAGGAGCUGCUGCUGUGUAGCAAUGCCAGCUGCUGCAGGUGCUUCUGUGUCGAAUGCUUGGAGGUCCGGGUAGGGCAAGGUACCUCGGCCAAGGCAAAAGAGCAAGAGCCCUGGAGCUGUUACAUGUGUCAACCACAGAAGUGCUAUGGGGUGUUACAGCACCGACCGGACUGGAAUGUAUGGCUGCAAUACUUCACCAGCGACAAAGGACAGGAAUAUCAUGUACCUAAAAUCUAA